AUGGCCAAAUUCUUCGUCACCCAGCGCGUGCUGGGUGUUGGUGGAUUUGGCCGAGUUCAUAUGGCCUACCGGGAAGACGACAUGAAGCAGCUGGCCUGUAAGAUUAUCAACCUGGAGUUUCCAUCGUCACCCAAUUCAGGGGAGUCCAUCGAUCCACAGCACGUCUCACGAAAUGUUCGGCUGUGCCAGCAGGAGGUCAAGUUCCUUUUGAAACUAUCUCACCCAAACAUCAUCGACAUGGACACUGUCAUCCGAUCAGAAAGCACCCUCUACAUCUUCACGGAGCUUUUCACGGCGGGUGAUCUGUACUCUUAUAUCAACUACAAAGGAGGCCAGCUCGAUGAUACGGGUGCGGUGUGGAUCACUCGACAGCUGCUGCUUGCCGUGGACUACCUGCAUGGCAAGGGGAUUGUGCACCGAGAUAUCAAGCCUGAUAACGUUCUUAUGGCCUCCCUGAAAGACGGCUGUAAAGUGGUCCUUAGCGAUUUCGGAUGUUCGACAUUCGUCGGUAACCCUGCAAUGAGGCGCAUGACCAGCUGGUGUGGUACUGCGCUGUACCUUUCUCCGUAA